GCGGUUGAAGCCACUAGAUGCGGAUUGGGAAGAUUUGCAGGCGAGAUGACCUCAAAGAAACGCCAUGAAUCGAGCGCGAGGCCUGUAGAACUGGGUUACUUGCUGGGUAGCUAGAGCCACUAUUCGCCUGUCCUGUCGAUUGCAGCACGGUAGGUAGAUGACCUGUACUUAAUCUCGAUCAUGCCCUACCCCUACGUCAUAAGGGUUUGGGAAACGUUGAUAAUUCAUCAUCACCUGGAUUUCGCAUGGCAUGGCUAACUGUGAAGCAUCACCAUCUUCACUACAACCACAACCACAGCACUGCUGCAGUCACUCUCCAGACAGAGAAACCACCAAGAUACUCUCAUACACAAAGAAACGGCGGAAAAGGCCGAUAAAACCGCAUCAAUGGCAUAUCGGAUGCCUCACGACCGAGACCGGCGGGUGUACAUCGUCAUCCACCAAGACGGCAUGAUAGCCACAAUCCUCGGCGUCUAUGAAGAGCUGCAAGACGCCAACCGAGACUGUCUGUUCCAGGCAUCGCAAGGAGGAAUCGAGCUGCUGCAGCCCUCGCCCACGACAGGCCCCGACAAACACCACAUCUCGCCCAUUGAACCCGCGCGGUGGGACACGCCGGACGGGUUGUCGUGCUGGGUUGAGAGCCAUGUAGUUGAGCCGAGCCGAGUUGUGAGCGGGAAUCUCGAGAUACGCAGACCAAUGGCGUGAACGACAAGAACGACAAGACACGCUGAUAUACCUAUUUGAUACGAUGCAAUGCGAUGCGAUGCACAAUGCGAUGCUAUAUGAUACCUCAGUAGCAAAAACAAGAUAUCAUUACGAAUAACCAGUACCUACCUACCUUACCUAUCCACUCGGUGUUGGUGAUGAUGACGAUGCUACAAGCUAGCAGUUCGUAUGAGGUGGCGAAGUGAGAGGAGAGGAGAAUUACAUGUAAGCUGCUUUGUUCUCCGUACAGUACGUGUUAUGUGCAGCAUGUACAUAGUAAGCGAGAUGGCGGCAAACAGGAGGGACUUUCUACACACAGCAAACACACUCGCACAAAGGACAUGCAUUCAAUGCUCGUUAGUUUAAAGACAAUGCAUAAGCGCAAGCAAUACAAAGAACAUCCAAUAGCU